CUGUUUCUGGUUAAUCGGACUGGGAAAUGGGUUGUUUCUGUCAAGACUGCAACAAGGCCUGAUAAGUUAUUUUAUCACUGGAAGAUCCUAAUCAAACAACACGAAAGUGGCAGAGAGAUUGUCCAGUAUCACUCCUGCUGCCUCUUUCCUCCCCACCCAAGCGGAAGCAAAGGACCACUCCCAAUUAUAUAAGAGAUAGAGCCCAAAAUAAUUUGUUAUUGGGCUGUUAUGAAUACCCUUGAGGGAAGGGUUAGCGCUGGAUGGGUGAGGCGCUCGCUGCUCUAUCGGGACAGCUCCCCAGCUCCCUCUUUGGGACAAGGACUGCGACGCGGCUGGACGGGGCGGGUCAGCCUCCGCCUCUCCGAGCUCUCAUUCCAUUUUUCUCGCUGCUUCCAUGAACUUGGCCGCGGGCAGCCAUCCCUCCCGCCGCCUUCCCCGGCCGCAUUCCCAGGUGAGGCAGAUUUUCUCUUCCAAAAUGACUUUACGAGUUCUGGUUUUGUGUUUGGCAUAUCCUGGGCUUGCAAAGGCAAAUGUGGUUCCACAGGCUGGACACACAAAAGUGAGGAUGGGUGACAGUGUGACUCUGAGCUGUGCCCUGACAAAACCCAUGGAUGUUCUGCAAGUGACGUGGCAAAAGAACUCAGAAGACUCAUAUGCCAAUAUAGCUACAUACAGUAAAACAAACGGAUUAAAGAUUCACAGGCCCUAUGAAGACAAAAUUAAUUUCACAAGUUUGGAACUCAACAAGACAAGCAUAACUUUUUGGGACACUAGAAUGGAUGAUUCAGGAUGUUACAAGUGUCUCUUCAAUGCUUACCCUUUCGGCUCCUUGUCAGGAAAUAACUGCCUGAGUGUUUUUGGUCUUAAUGCAUCUGUCCAUCACAACAUUUCUGAAGGUCAUUUGAUAGUCAUCUGUAGUGCUGAUGGCUUCCCAGAGCCCACCAUCACCUGGAACAACCUGUUCAAUUCUACUCCUACACAGAAGACAGUCAAGCACAAAAAUGGCAUUGUGUCCAUCACAAGUAAACUGGAAAUCUACAACAUUCAGAGCAUCAGUGCACGGGAUUUGACCUGCAGAGUAAGCAACACAAAUGAAACAUUUGAAUUGCCUGUGGAAAUCAAAGGAGAAGAGGAAUCAUCAUUGCUUUGGCUGGUGAUUAUUGCAGUGCUUCUAGUAGUCAUCAUAGUUCUGAUUCUGAUUUUGCUGUUCUGGAGGAAGAUCCUAUGCAGGAGGAGUUGAACUGGGUCCUGAGGAUUUUCAUCCUUCUACCAGAUCAUUAGAUGCCAGCAAGCUCAAGUCAACAUUAGACCUAGUGACUUGACUGACUGGAAAGAAGCAGCAAAAAAAGGAGAAGACCUCAUAUACACUGCCCUAUCUGGAAGCUGAGUUGAUCACUGAAAUGAUUAACAAAAUGUUUGUUAUCUGGUCUAGGCCCUUAAUCUUAAAAUGAAGGACUGGAGGGACCACUUAGUCUGCUGCUCUGCAGAGAAGAUUUUUGUCAGGCAAAACCUUCUUUACCCAUGCCAUUCUUGGUACUGCUGCUGGGCAAAAUGUGCUCGUCUUCUUCCAGCUGAGUUUUGAAAAUAUCCACGGAUAGAAGCUCUGCAGACUCUCUGGGGAUUCUCUUCCAGUGCCUAAUUGCUUUUGCAGUAGAGAGGGAUUUAAGUUUUGCCAAUAUCUGUCUGCAGUUUCACUUGCAGCAACUCAGAGUUCAUUGCCCUCUUCCAGUCAUCUGGUUUUUCUUCUUUUAUCCAACUGUUCCAACUCCUUUUUCUCUGUCUGAAAGACCUGCUUGACUCAAAAUCACAGGACUCAAGCCACACAGAAUUUGUCAAAAUUAUUGGGGAAGAGCAAUAGGUCUCCCAGCAGGUGACUAAAUGAAGCCACAGUUUGAAAAGAAGAAUUGUAAGUAAUUUGUAUCGUAUAAAAGUAAUUUACUUUAUUUGAAUUCUUGCUAAUCCUGAAGUGUUUUCUUCUGUGUUUUCUGGGUUUUUUAGGGAUGUGUGUUGUGGGGUUAAAUAUGUAAGUGAGGAGGAGAUGGUAACAAAGGCCAGUAGUGGAAGCACUGUCUUCUCAAUUUUUCCUUUCUAUUAAUACCCUAUCCUACUCCUUGUUGAUCUGCCAAGAGGCAUGGAUUUUGUCAAUAGUUUUUGUGCUCAUCUUAUGUACCGUUCAGAGUAGUCUUCCCUGUCUUCAUCCAUUUUUAUUGUGUCUUUUAAAACACAGAUAAAUCGCUUAGCUGGUCAAAAGUCAUUGUUCCAUGGCUGGGCCUCGUUUGGUGGGAUGUCACACUCUGAGCUCACAAUUCUGUGUCACUACUGUGGCUGCAAUGAUAUCAGCUUGCCAGUCUUACAGAGGCUGAGCUUACUGAUUUGUCAUGCACUUGGUAGCAGAUAAAGACACUGCACUAUUCUUAGGAGCUGGGACCUAAUUCUGCUUCUGUCCCAGGUUGGGCUGGCUCCUCCCCUGCCAUCCCAAGUUGCUCAUCACUGCCAGCCCAAGGCUGAUGUGGCCGUUUCCAGGCUUAAAGUUCCUGGUGCUUGACUCCCUCUUUCUGGGCAGCAGCAGGCUGCCCAGGAGGACUGUGCACUCCUGGGCAUUGCCCUGCAGCUCCUCAUCUUCGUGACGGGUUGAAGGCUCCAGGUGCCUUCUGCUUCUGUGCUUGUUUCAGUUGGGACAGAGUCAAUUUUCUUGAUAGAAGUUGGUAUGAGGCUACCUUUCCAACUCUCCCAUUCCCUCCUGGGGGACUGUGCAAGCAGCUGUGUGGUGUCUAGUUGCUGGCUGGGGUUAAACCAUGACAGCCUCUGAGCACCCUCAAAGGGCUCUGCACCUGCCCCACAGGGCAGAGAUUGCUAAAAGCAAGACUGCCUCUGGGUGUACCUGCCCAGUGGCCACUUUACUGAAAGGACAGAUAGAUGGGAUGAGUGCUACUGUUCAGGGUGUUUCUCAGUCCUCCUUAUGUCUGCCAUCGUAUGAUGAUCACUAACAGUAUUCUCUUUUCUUUUGGCUUUGAUGAGCAUUUGUUUGUGCAUAUGAAAUACUCCAUCUUACCAGAGUGUGUAGCACUUUGGACUGUGCCUUUUAUGUCACAUGUUUACUAAGGGUACAAACUGUUAAGCUGAAAAACCAGCAGUGGAGAUUUAAAACUUAGGACUCAGCAUUCAGAAUAAGUAUUUUGCUGGUUCUAGAGCAGUGGCCUUUCCAGAGUCUGGUGAAAAGUUUUGUGUGUUUAUGCUUACGUUAUUGCAGAUGUGAGGGGCGAUGUUUGUUCUACAUUUGUAGGUGCAAUAUGAAUUAUUUAUUUGUACAUUUCACUUUUUCUAAUUAAAAAAAAAAAAUCUGAUCUAACCAAAACACCAACUUUUUUUUUCUUCCUAUUUGUUUGAGAUACCAAAAAUGCGUCAUUGCAAGUUGGGCUUUUUAGUAGUUUUGAUUUAUACUUUGCUUCCUUUCUGAACAGAAAAUGGGAGUUCAUGGGGCUUUUAAUGUGUUUUGGGGUAUUUUUUCUUUUUAAAAGAAGAUUUUGAACAAAACUUUUGAGAUAAGUUUACGGAAGUAUUUUUGACCACAGAAACUACAGUUUAGUUCAGAUUUGAAAAUAACUUUAGUCGUUCAAAACAGUGUAUUCUAUAUUUUUACAAUCAUUGUCUGUCAUGUUUGUUGCUUAAUUAUUUUUUAUCUAAAGUUACAUGCUUUACUGAUACAUUGUCUGUCUUGUUUUCUGUAUUUCCCUAGAUGAAAAGAAGACAAAUAAAGCAAAUUUGAACAUAA